AUGUCUAGGAGUCAGCUUGAACAGGAGAAGAAACCACUAGAUUCUUUUGUCUGGGUAAAUGAAAUUACUGGAGAAGUCACGCUCCCUCCAGGGGAGGAGACCACACUUGCAGCCUCUGGAGAGAAGCAUCCGGUGAUGUCAGGGUCUUCGCCUGGGGGCACGCAGUGCGUGCCGGUUGCUGCACACAGACCAGCCUCCCCAGGGACCCCCGAGGCUGACCCCAGGGCAGGAAACGUCUUUCUACCAGACUCUGCCGUGCCCCGCAUGUUGUGCCCGCCAGGAGGCGCUCUGCCUGUGCAGCAGCAGCAGCAGCACCACCACCACCACCACCACCACCACCGCCACCUGGGAGCAUCCCCUUCACUGACCGUGAUGCCUCCAGCCAGCCCUUCUCCGCCCUGGGCUCUGCCCGGUAAGCUGAGGAACGCCCUGACUGGAAACAACCGGUUUUCCUUUUGA